AUGGAAGGAGAUGCCCCAGUUAUUGCCGCUAACCCAUUAGAAAAAAACACUGACCCAAUGGUUGCCCUCCAAAAGGUUAUCAAAGAAUCUUUAGCCGUCCAAGGUGUUGCUCGUGGUCUCCAUGAAACCGUCAAAGCCCUCGACAAACGUACUGCUCGUUUAUGUGUCUUAGCUUCAAACUGUGACGAACCAAACUUUGUUCGUUUAGUUAAAGCCCUCGCCACCGAACACAACAUCCCAUUAAUUGAAGUUCCAGAUAACAAAGCUUUAGGUGAAUGGGCUGGUCUCUGCAAAUUAGACAAAGAUCUUGCUGCUCGUAAAGUUGUUGCUUGUUCAACCUUAGUCAUCAAGACUUUCGGUAAAGAAUCUGACGAUUACAAAUUCUUAAUGGAAUACAUUUCAAAACAAUAA